AUGCGUCGCUCUUCUUCAAAUCGAAACAACAGUACAUGUGCUGCUUCUGUCAAAUUUAUAUCAAAAUUAAACAUAUCACCAGAAGAUGACACUCUUAUUCCAUUAUCACCACAAACAACUACUACGUCGUCAUUAGUACAAGACGCAGCAGUUAUUACAGAAAGGGAAAGAGCUGAAAGUCGUCCUUCACUGAAAACAAGUGAAGAUGCUAUGAUAAUUUUGCUUGAUCCUUGGAUGGAUGACAGUUCCAUUGAAGUACUUCUAAAUCAGAUAGCAAGUACGGUAAUAUCGUUUAGAAGUGCCGAUGAUUGUACUAAUUACAUAUCUGGUAUUCAAACAGAAAACAUUUUUCUAAUUAUUUCAAGCUCAUUAAAUGAAACAAUAAUUCCAUUUGCUGUUAGACAACCACAAGUCGUUUCUAUUUAUGUACUAUUUACUGGAUCAAAUGAAUGGACAUGUGACUUUUCGAUUACUAAAGAUGAUUGGCCAAAAAAAUUGUCUAGUAUUUUUUAUUCGAAUAACAGACUAAUAACUAGACUUGCGUCUGACAUUGAGCUAUGGUCGAAACGUCCUAUGUCAAUGAGCUUUCUGAAAGAAGCAGCAGACGAGCAACAGGCUGCUCAGGAUAUAAACAGAGAGAAGUCCUCGUUCAUGUGGUAUCAAGUUUUACUUGAAAUAUUGUUACGAAUGCCAGCUAAUUCGGCUAUUGCUAAAAGUGAAUUGAUAGAGGAAUGUCGAAAGAUUUAUACGGAUAAUAUUAUAGAACAGGAAAAAAUCACUGAAUUCGAAAGAAAUUACACGCCUGAUAGGGCUAUAUGGUGGUACACACGUGAUUCAUUUUUUUUUCGUUUAUUAAACAAAGCCUUACGUAUAAAAGACAUUGAUGUUAUAUUCAAAUUUCGUCUCAUAAUCAAAGAUCUCCAUAAUCAAUUAAAACGUUUACAUUCAGAUUAUCUUCGAAUGUUAUCCGAGUCGAACAAUGUUAAUGACUUUAUUACAGUAUAUCGAGGACAAAUUAUUUCGCAACAAGAAUUUUAUAGAUUUAAAAAUAAUAUUGGUGGAUUUGUAUCAAUAAACAGUUUCAUUUCAACAUCAGUACGUUUAGAAUUAGCAACGAUAUUUGCUGUGGGAGAUCGAUCGCACUUUGGAGAAUCUGUUAUUUUUAAAAUCAUAAUUGACUUGAAAAUUCGUACAAAACCAUUUGCUAGCAUUAGCCAUCAAAGUGCUUUUGUUGAUGAAGAUGAAAUUCUAUUAUCAAUGGGUACAGUAUUUCGUGUUGAUUCAAUAGAAAUGAAUAAUGAGAAUAACUUUUGGUAUAUAACAUUGUCUGUAGGUGAACAAGACGAUCCGCAAUUAAAAGAACUGACUGAUCAUUUAAAACAAGAAGUUGGCAGAGUUACUGAUAAUUUAACAUUGGGCAAUUAUUUAGGUGAUAUAGGAGAUUAUGAAAGAGCAGCACGAUACUAUGCAAUGCCGCAAGAUCUUCCACCAGAUCAAAUUGAUCUCGGAACACUUCAUAAUAAUAUCGGAUGGCUAUAUAAUUGUAAAGGAAACUAUCGAGCGGCUAUUACCAACUACGAAAAAGCUCUUGAAAUUCAACAGCAACAGUUACCUUCUAAUCAUAUUGAUUUAGCUGCAACCUAUAAUAAUAUAGGAAUGGUAUAUUACGAGCAAGAUGAUUGUGAAGCGGCAUUAGUUAACCUUCAAAAAUCACUUGAUAUCAAACAGAGAGGUGAUCUACCAUUAAAUAAUGAAUCAAUCGCUAUAACGCUGAAUAACAUUGGACUUGUUUAUCAUAAAACGGGAGCUUAUGAAAAAGCUUUCGAGACUUAUAAUGAAGUACUUAAACUACAAAAGUGUUUACCAGAGACCCAUUACAAUCUUGCUACGACAUAUACUAAUAUCGGUGCCGUUCAUUACCAUCAAGGUAAUUAUCCAGAUGCUUUGGUUAACUAUGAAAAAGCUCUUAGUAUACGAACUAAUGCGUUGCAUUCAACUCAUCCUGAUAUUGCAAAAACUCAUGUCAAUAUUGGUCUUGCCCAAGAAACCAGAGGUAAUUAUUAUGAAGCAUUACAAAGCUACAAACUAGCACUUGAGAUACAGAAAAACGUUUUGCCGGAAGAUCAUAUUGAUAUUGGUACGACUUAUAGUCGACUAGGUACAGUCUAUAAUCGUCGACGUGAAUAUGAUCUAGCAUUAGAAAAUCAAGAAAAAGCUCUUGAAAUAUAUUCAAAAUCCUUAGCACCUAAACACCCGUAUAUAGCUACUGUUUAUAAUAAUAUGGGUCUUGUCUAUGAAAACCAAGGUGAUAACGUUAAAGCGUUGGAAUCGUACGAAAAAGCAUUAGAAUUAUAUUUGAAAACGGUUUCACCAACUCAUCCAUCAUUAGCUAAGAUCUAUGAUAAUAUAGGUCGACUGUCGGAACAGAAGGGAGACUACGAAAAGGCAUCGAUGAGCUUUAUGACAGCUCAUGAUAUUAGUGUUAAACACCUGCCGUCAAAUCAUCAAGAUAUCAAAUUAUACCAAAUGCAUAGUGAAAUCGUUAGACGUAAAGCAGAAGCAGCUCUGUCAUUAGCUUCUCCGCUAACUGUAAAUAAGACUCUUACUCAAGACACAAAACGUACUCGUAAGUGCCGUUGUUGCUGUCGAUGGACAAUCUCGUUCAGCCGAGAGUGA